AUGAAGUGCUUGUGGCAUCGGUUCACCACCACGAUGUCAUGUGGCGCUUUAUUGUCGUUGGUAAUUUUGUCACUGAUAACAGUGACGCUUACUCAGAAUUUAAACGAAGUGCCGCGUUUUAACACAGAGAAUAAUCUGAAUCAGAAUUAUCCUACGCCAGCAUAUCGAACUGUUGAUGAUCUCGAGAAGACGACAUUUCGUGACACAUUCGGCAAUUCCAUAGAUCAAAAUUAUCCAUUUAGUCAAGGAAACAAUGUUGGACGAGAUUUUGAUUCGAGACCAGGUGCAAGGCCUGGUUUGAGUCGUGAUCGCGAUCAGAGUAGAGAAAGAGAACAAGACAGAAAUCGCAAUCGCAUUGGAACUCAACCAGGAAGGAAUCGCGAUCGAACCAAUUACAAUCCACUGUCAAGAAAUCCAUUAAAUCCAAUAUUUGAAAGUAACAUUAACAACAUUGACAAUCCACUGAUACAUGAUGCAACAUACUUCGUUGUUGCAUCGAGAAUGGUUCGACCGAAUCAAAUCUAUCGUGUCUUCGUUUCAGUAUUUAUCGAAAGUGAAGAUCCGAUUACUGUUCGAGCUUCAAUUUCAUGUGAUGGAGUUGAAAUGGGAUCAGAUUCUCAAAUCAUUAAAACGGGCGAACCUGAGACGCUUCUUAUGCGUGUUCCAUCGACAACUGUGCCUGGUGAUUACAAGUUGAGAGUUGAAGGGAAAUAUGAGAAAGCUUUCGGUGGAAUUGCUUUCUUAAAUGAGACGAAAUUAACAUUUUCACAACGUUCGAUGACGAUCUUCGUUCAGACAAACAAACCGGUCUACAAGCAAGGCGAUCUCGUGCAAUUUCGUGCAAUUCCCAUCACAACUGAACUCAAAGGCUAUGACAAUGCUGUUGAUGUUUACAUGUUAGAUCCAAAUCGUCAUAUAAUGAGACGUUGGUUGUCAAGACAAUCAAACUACGGAACUGUCAGCUUGGAUUAUCGACUUUCCGAUCAACCAGUUUAUGGUGAAUGGAUUAUUCAAGUUGUUGCGCAAGGACAAACAGAAGAACAUAAAUUUCAAGUGGAAGAAUAUUACCAAACAAGAUUUGAAGUUAAUGUGACAAUGCCGGCUUUCUUUUUUGAAACCGAUCCGUACCUGCAUGGAAAAGUUAUGGCAAACUUCACAAAUGGUUCACCAGUUCAUGGAAAUUUAACGCUGAGAGCGAUCUUCAGGCCAAUUGGAUUCUUUGAUGUUAAGAAUAUAAACCAACAGUUUAGAGUGUGGAAUAUGGGUUACGAGCCGGAAGUUGAUCCUAGGAAUGUUAGAUAUGAUGCAUACAAACGAAUAGUUUACAAUUACAACACUGAACUUUACUCUGGUAAGCAAGGCUACAGCACCAACAAUCCUUUCUUAAACACACAAUACAAUAAUCAAAUCAAUCAAGUCAAUCGUGAUCCUUAUUCGAACCUUAACCCAACAAUCGAUCAAACAACCGAUCCAAGAUAUCUCGGAACUGGAAGUAUUGGCAGUGGCUAUCAAGACAAUUACGUUGUUGAGACGCGCUACAACUUUGAAGAAGAUUGGCCAUUUUGGAUUGAUAAACCAGAACAGUCAACUUGGAGUCGAUUUACGCCUGGAUAUUCCGAUCCCUAUCGAAAUACUCUUCCAUAUCUUCGAUUCUUUAAUGGAACUUUUGAAUUCAAAUAUCCAAUGUAUGAACUUAAGCAAAUGGUUCCGAAUCUUGCUAACAUGGAAGUUUUAAUUAUUGCGCAAGUUGGUGAACGUUAUUAUGAUGAAAUUAUUGAAGGAUAUUCAAUUGCUCGGAUUUAUAAUUCAUCAAUUAAAGUUGGAUUUAUGGGUGGAACACCACAAGUCAUCAAACCAAUGAUGCCGAUGACUGUUUACGUCAUUGCUGAAUAUCACGACGGCUCGAAACUUCCAUUAUCGAAUUAUUAUCAAUCAGUGAUGGAAAUUACUGGAACUGUUGACAGUCGGAAUGGUGGACGUCGUGAUUAUCCACAAACAAUCUUAAGAAUGUCGGAAAAGCCUGGCGUUUGGGAAUUAAAAAUUGAUUUACGUAACGACCUUCAACUUGACAACAGUCGACAAAGCAAAGAUUUUCUUCGCGAAAUUUCACAAUUGAAACUCUUUGCAAAUUAUGUCGAUCCAUUUGGUGAACGUGCACAAGCUGAAAUUCUUUUCUUAUCUCACUUCUCACCGCAAAAUAAUCACAUUAAAGUCACAACAAGCACAACGGAUGGGAAAGUUGGAGAGUAUAUUGUCUUCCAUAUUGAGGCGAACUUCUUUAUGGAAUCAUUCCAAUACAUGGUGAUGUCGAAGGGAAUAAUUCUAACCAACGGUGUUGAAGCAUUCAAAGAUGGUGUUAGAACGAUGUCAGUAACACUCAGCGCUGAAAUGGCACCAGUUGCAACGAUGGUUGUUUGGAAUAUUGGACCAUAUGGACAAAUUGUUGCUGACAGCAUCACAUUCCCUGUCAAUGGAAUUUCACGUAAUGAAUUUUCAGUUUUUAUAAACAAUCGAAAACAUCGAACAGGAGAAAAGGUUGAAGUUGCAAUUUAUGGUGAACCGGGAUCAUAUGUUGGACUUUCAGGCAUUGACAAUGCUUUCUAUACCAUGCAAGCUGGAAAUGAAUUAACCUACGCUAAUGUCAUCACACAAAUGUCAAAGUUUGAUGAAGAAACAAAUGGAACGUUUAGUCAUCGUUGGUAUUCACAUGAAGGUAAUCCUGAUGAACUUGUUUACUUCCCAUCGUCAACUUAUGGCAUUGAUGCUAAUCGAACGUUUGAAUACAUUGGAUUGGUUGUCUUUACCGAUGGAAUUGUUCCAAGACGUCCCGAUAACUGCAACAUCACGACAGGUUAUGCUGAAUGUCUCAAUGGUCGUUGUUAUCGUGUUGACAAGAAAUGUGACGGUUUCUUUGAUUGUGAAGAUGGUGCUGAUGAAGCUGGUUGUGAUUAUCAUAAUCACACACUUCUCUCUGAAUUCAGGAAAUUCCGUUUCAAUCGAGUUCAACGACAUUAUGAUAAUGUUUGGAUGUGGAAAGAUGUCAACAUCGGUCCACAUGGUCGUUAUGUCUUCACACUUGACGUUCCAGAUAUUCCAGCUUUAUGGAUGGUAUCAGCUUUCAGUGUAAGUCCAUCAGAUGGCUAUGGAAUGAUCAGAUUCCCACUUGAAUAUGUUGGAUGUCAACCAUUUUAUAUUAAUGUUGAGAUGCCGUCAGAAUGUCGACAAGGUGAACAAGUUGGAAUUCGUGUGACAGUUUUCAAUUACAUGACAACAUCAGUUGAAGCGACUGUCGUGCUACAUGGCUCGCCUGACUAUAAGUUUGUUCAUGUCGAUGAAGAUGGAAUCGUCAAGUCUUACAGCCCAAGAACAUCUUAUGGUGAACAUCAAUUCUUCAUUUAUCUCGAACCACAAUCAUCGACAAUUGUUUACAUUCCAAUCGUUCCAACGCGUCUUGGCGACAUUAAAGUGAAAGUUCAUGCUUCAACAUUGCUUGGAAGUGAUCGAAUUGAAAGAAUGCUUAAUGUUAAAGCUGAUGGUUUACCGCAAUAUCGUCAUCAAUCCAUUCUUCUUGAUUUGAGUAAUCGCGCUUAUGCUUUCCAAUACAUGCAUGUUAACGUCACUGAAACGCCAAUAAUUCCGUAUCAAGUUGAAAGAUAUUACGUUUAUGGAAGUAACAGAGCGAGAAUCUCACUGGUUGGUGAUGUUGUCGGUCCAAUCUUUCCAAACAUGCCUGUCAAUGCUUCAUCUUUACUUCAUCUUCCAAUGGAAUCAGCUGAACAAAACAUGUUCAGUUUUGCUGCAAACUUAUACACGAUCAUGUACAUGAGGUUGAUUAAUCAAAGAAAUCGAACGACAGAGAGAGAAGCUUUCAAACAUAUUAACAUUGGAUAUCAAAGACAAAUGAGUUAUCUUAUGCCUGACGGUUCUUUCUCACUUUUCCGAUCCGAUUGGAAUCAAUCUGCAAGUUCAGUUUGGUUGACAGCAUAUUGUGCGAGAAUCUUCCAAGAUGCAAACUUUUAUGAAUGGGAAAACUUCAUUUACAUUGAUCCCGUGGUUUUGCAAAAGAACAUGGCUUGGCUUUUAAGACAUCAGCUGCCUGAAGGAUCGUUUUAUGAAGUGACUUGGUCGCCAGAUAGAAAAGUCAACGAUUCAUCGAAUUAUAACGAACGCAAAUUUAUGAACAAUAAUCAACACAACAUUUCAUUGACUGCGCAUGUUCUCAUCACAUUAACAACUGUUAAAGAUCUUGCUGAUGGUUUAAGUUCGAGAAUAUCGCUCGCUCAACAACGAGCUGUGCAGUAUUUGGAUCAGAAGUUGGUUUAUUUGAAGGAGCGUGGCACGGCUUAUGAGAUUGCGAUUGUUGCUUAUGCGAUGAUGUUAGCAAAGGCACCGAAAGCUGAAGCUGCUUUUAAUCUUUUGGCGAAUAUUCGGAGGAAUACUGGAGAAUAUUCUUAUUGGGGAAAUGAUCAACUGCCUUUGCCACCCACGAAACUUGAGAAUCAAAAAUAUUUCUCACUGCCACGAUUACCAUACGAAUUCGAUGCGUUGAAUAUUGAAACGACGGCUUAUGCUUUGUUGACUUACGUAUCACGUCAGGAAAUUCUCGUCGAUUCAAUUGUUAGUUGGUUGAAUGCACAACGUUUGACUGAUGGUGGAUGGGCUUCGACACAAGACACAGGAAUGGCAAUGAAAGCUUUAAUCGAAUACACAAUCCGAACAAGAAUUCGUGACGUCUCACAAUUGUCAAUCACGCUUGAAGCUACAUCAUUGCAAGGAAAGACGAAAUCACUUGAGAUUCAUGAUAGAAAUAUUGCGCAAUUACAAAAUCUUGAGAUUCCAAAUGCAUGGGGAACAGUGAAGGUACAAGCAAGAGGUGCUGGUUUUGCGAUCCUUCAAAUGUCAGUGCAAUAUAAUGUUGACAUGGAGAAAUAUCAGACAAAACCACCUACGAAAGCUUUCGAUUUGCACACCAAAGCAAUCUUCCAUGGCAGAAAUCAGUCGCAUAUCAAUUAUCUCAGUUGUGCAAGUUGGGCAAAUAUGAAUGAAUCAAUACGAUCUGGAAUGGCUGUUUUAGAUGUUGCAAUACCAACUGGUUACAUCAUUCAACAACAGAAACUUGAUUCUUACAUUUUAAGUAAACGAGUUCGAAAUCUACAACGAGCGAAGUUUGCUGAUACGAAAGUUUUGUUCUAUUUUGACUUUUUGGAUAAUGAAACCACUUGUGUAAACUUCACCGUUGAACGAUGGCUUCCAGUUGCAAACAUGUCUCGAUAUCUGCCUAUAAGAGUUUACGAUUAUUACGCUCCAGAACGGUUCAACGAGACGAUAUUCGAUUCAUUGCCAACAUAUUUGCUUAACAUUUGUGAAGUGUGCGGCAGUUCGCAAUGUCCUUACUGCUCAAUCUAUAACGCAGCAUUCAAAUCUUCAAUCUCAUUCGUACUACUUCUUACAACAGUUAGCGCCGUCAUUUUCAGACACUUCAGGAUAUCGAAUCAUAAUUUGCUUCCACAAUGGAAUUCAUGGCCUGGAAAUUAAACAACAAAUUGUCGCUGCAGACGAUCAAGAAGAAAAAAAAAUUAGUUUAAGUAGAAUCUCUGGGUGAAGCUCUUGUGUUAAUCAGACCAAUCAUUGGGGGUGUCCAUAAAUCAUGACACAAUAUUAUAAAUAAUCUUGAAUUUCAUCAAACUCUCUUGAAGUCUGAACACUUAAAAACAUUUUAUUUAACACCCCCGCACCAUGAGUUUUUCACUUAAUUGACUUAUUUUUGCCGUCCAUUUUAAUUCUGGUCUAAUUUUAUUUUUCUUUUAUUUGAUUUUAAUUUUUUAUUUUAAGAACCAUAAUUCAUUAGCAAAGGCAUUAAAAAAGGUUUUUGUUUUAAUUAGAUUGUAAAUUACGUCAAAAUGAUAAUUAUUUGAAGAUAAAAAGAUGAAAAUGAAGUUGAGAGAAAAACAAAAUUACGCGAAUAAUUAAAGAAAUUUUUAUAUCAAAGAUUUAUUGAUAAGAGCGCCGUAGUGAAUUUCAAUAAGAAAGAAAAUAUUUUUGUACAAAGAAAAUAAAGUUUGAACUUCAAAUGAUGCUUGCUAAAUGUCUGUACAAGUUCUGAUAAGAGUUGAAAACGAUUUAAAAAAAUAAAUAAACAUAAAAGUUUCUUAAUCUUGUAGACAAAUUUUUAUGGGUGCCUUAACUGAAUCUCAUUAAUGCACAUUGAUCAAUUCAUUUAGUUUUAUGAUUUCUUUUACUCAAUUUCACAACUUACACUCAGAUCAACUGAACGAAAUGAAUCUUUACCUUCUAAUCUCGAUACUAAUUGAUGUUUAGUUAUAGAAAGAUCUGAAAUGUUUAAGUAACUUUAAUAUUUUUUUUAUACACAAAUGUCAAGAAAAGCAAUUUUCACUGCAAAGAAAUUAAAGAGAAAUUUUAUUAACUAUAAGAAAGAAAAAUUAACUAAUAAAAAUGUAAAAAAACUAUUAGGAAUCUUAUCAACUUGCUCUCGAAUCAUGAAGAAUGUUAUUGAUGAUGAAAGUGAAGUCGUGACGAGAAAGUUGGUCACAUGAGUUCGGAAUGAGAGGGUUAACAGUAAGACAAGUAGAAAAGUGUCUGAGAAAAUAAAAAAGUUUGAAAGCAGUAGAUUGAAUAAAAGAAGAGAAAAAUAUUGUAAAAAACAUUUCAUGUAGCUAGUUAGUGCAUAUCAAUAAAAUCUU